AUGAACAAGUCAACAAAAAAUUAGAAUAUCCCUGCUGGCUACACUUUAGAUUAAUAUAAGUACAAAAUUUAUUAAAUAGAUAACAUUACCAAGAAUUACUAAAAUAUUCUAAUAUUAUAGAUAAUAAAAGCAAAUAUUUGAUAUGCGAAAAAGUGGAAUUAAUUUGUGAAUUUUCGAUUUGGGGAGAUUAAAAUAAUUCUGAUUUUUUUGAGUAGGUUAUUUAGUAAAUUUAGUUAUUUUUUCGAAGAAAACAUAGCAGAUAAGCUCUUAAAGAUUAUGUAAAGAUCAAGUUUCAAAGAAAUAAUUAUUGGCAUAAUUUAAAGUUUUGGAAUUCUAUUGUAUUAAUAAUUAUUAUUAAUUAGAGGAAAUCUAACAAAUAAGGAAAAUGUAAACUAUCUUUUAUCUCACCCUGUAAUUCAAGAUUUAAUAAUGUAUAAUUAUGAUUUCACUGAUGAAGAGAUAGUGGAUUAUUAUAUUUCAUUAUUGAAAAGCUUAGCAUUAAGAAUUGAUGAAGGUAAUGUACAAUUAUUUUUCAAUUAAAGAAUGAGUUUGUUUCCAUUAUUAUGGUAAGCAACAAAAUUUUAUAAUCACAAAGAGAUAAUGGUAAGAACAGCUGUAAGGACAAUAAUAUUGGGUAUAAUGAAAAGUAAACCUUUUUCUAAUUGAUUUAGUAAAAAAUCCAAUGUUAAAAAAAUACUUGACAAGAUUUCCANUAAUUUUAAAAAAUCUUCAGUGGAUUUUAUUUAUAUCAUUAUAGAAAGAUUGGUGCUGA